AUGAAUCAAGAGCCUGGUUUCAUUGCCGCCGUUGAGGAGGCCAAGUUGGGAUACGCCGAGGGCGGCGUUCCCAUUGGAGCUGCGCUGGUCUCCAAGGAUGGCCAAAUUUUGGGCCGAGGCCAUAAUAUGCGCGUGCAAAAGGGCAGCCCGGUUCUGCAUGCUGAGAUGUCUGCUCUGGAAAACUCUGGCCGACUGCCCGCCUCUGCCUAUGAAGGUGCAACCAUGUAUACCACCCUCUCGCCUUGCGAUAUGUGCACUGGUGCUUGUCUGCUCUACAAGGUGAAGCGUGUUGUCAUUGGCGAAAACAAGAACUUCCUCGGUGGCGAGGAGUUGCUCAAGAGCCGUGGUAAAGAUGUCAUCGUGGUCGACGACCAGGAGUGCAAGGACCUCAUGGAGAAAUUUAUGAAGGAGAAGCCAGAGCUUUGGUAUGUUGCAUGCAGAUGA